CAGCUGUUCAUAUGAAAGUUGGUAUUUUCAGAAUUAUUUUAUCGGCAAUACAAAUGUUCAUAUCAUAUGUUGUCUGAAGUGGAGAGACCUUUCCCAUCUAUCUUGACUUCACCUUUUCGUACCGUUUCCACCGUUAUUCAAGAUGGCCCAGUGGUUCCAGCUGCAGCAGCUAGACUCCAAGUACCUGGAGCAGGUGGACCAGCUGUAUGAUGAUACUUUCCCUAUGGAGAUCCGCCAGUACCUCAGUGCCUGGAUAGAGAGCCUUGACUGGGACAUGAUGGCCAACAGCGUUUCCCUUGCGACGGUCCGUUUCCAUGACCUCCUAGCCCAGUUGGACGAUCAGCACAGCCGCUUCGCCCUGGAGAACAACUUCCUGUUGCAACACAAUAUACGCAAGAUUAAACGCAACCUGCAGGACCACUUCCAGGAAGACCCUUUGCACAUGGCCAUGAUCAUCUGUAAUUGUCUGAAAGAGGAGAAGAAGAUCCUGGCCUCCAUCAUCAAAAAAGAGGAUAAUGUGGGGUCCACACCGAACAACAUGGUGUUGGAGAAACAGAAGGAGCUGGACAACAACGUUAAAGACCUGAGGAACCGAGUUCAGAGUGCAGAGAAUGAGAUUAAGUCACUGGAGGAACUACAGGAUGAACACGACUUUAAAAAGAAGACCCUGCAGAGCCAAGUGGAACAAGAGGUGAAUGGGAUGGCACAGUCACUUGCGGUACGGAAAGAGAUCCGUGAAGAGGAGAUGGUCAUCAGAGCGAUGUUCAUCAAACUCAACAUAACCAGAGAGGUGGUGGUGCAUCAGAUUGCUGACAUCCUGUGCUUGGCCGAGCAGAUCCAGUUCACCCUGGUGACAGUGGAGGUACCUGAGUGGAAGCACAGACAGCAGAUAGCUUGCAUCGGUGGUCCGCCUAACGCCUGUUUGGACCAGCUACAAAUCUGGUUCACUGCGGUGGCAGAGGGCUUACAGCAGGUGCGUCAGCAGCUGAAGAAGCUCCAGGAGCUGGAACAGAAGUACACGUACGAGAAUGACCCCAUCACUCAGGGCAAAAGCGCUCUGGAGGAACGCGCUCUCGCCCUGUUCAAGUACCUCAUUGUCAAUUCUAUUGUGGUAGAGAGACAGCCCUGUAUGCCCACUCACCCUCAAAGACCCAUGGUGCUGAAGACUGGGGUGCAGUUCACUGUCAAAAUCAGACUCCUGGUGAAGCUCCAGGAGUUCAACUACCAGCUCAAAGUCAAUGCUGUGUUUGACAAGGACGUCACUGAGAGGAACACAGUGAGAGGGGUCCGGAAAUUCAACAUCUUGGGAACCAACACUAAGGUUAUGAACAUGGAGGAGUCCAAUGGAAGCUUGGCAGCGGAAUUCAGACACCUGCAACUAAAGGAACAGAAAGUUACAGGCAACAGAUCAAAUGAGGGUCCUCUCAUAGUGACGGAGGAGCUCCACUCUAUUAGCUUUGAGACUCAACUCUGUCAGCCAGGACUCCAGGUCGAACUAGAGACAAUGUCCCUGCCCAUUGUGGUCAUCUCCAACAUUAGCCAGCUGCCCAGCGCCUGGGCCUCUGUCAUGUGGUACAACAUGCUGACGAGUGAGUCCAAGAAUCUGUCGUUCUUCCUGAGCCCUCCUCAGGCCACCUGGAGCCAGUUGUCAAAGGUGCUGAGCUGGCAGUUCUCCUCCGUAACCAAGCGAGGCCUCAAUGACGAGCAGCUGAGCAUGCUGGGAGACAAGCUCCUGGGUCGAGAGGCAGCGGGAAACCCUAAUGGGCUCAUCCCCUGGACCAAGUUCUGCAAGAAUGUGAAUGAGAAGAGCUUUCCAUUCUGGCUGUGGAUCGAGGGAAUACUGGACCUGAUCAAGAAACACCUGCUGUGUCUGUGGAAUGAUGGGUGUAUCAUGGGCUUCGUUAGUAAGGAGAGAGAGAAGGCCCUGCUGAAGGACAAGGAGCCUGGGACUUUCCUGCUGCGCUUCAGCGAGAGCAGCCGGGAGGGAGCCAUUACCUUCACCUGGGUCGAGGGCUCCAAUAACGACGUCCAUUUCCACUCGGUGGAGCCCUACACUAAGAAGGAGCUGGUCGCCGUCUCUUUCCCUGACAUCCUCCGCAACUACAAGGUGAUGGCUGCCGAGAACAUCCCUGAGAACCCACUGCUCUACCUCUACCCCAACAUCCCCAAAGACAGCGCCCUCACACGCUACUACAGCCGCCCCACAGAAGCUGUUGAGCCAAUGGAGUUGGAGAGUGCCUCUGAGGCUGGCUACAUUAAGACGGAGCUCAUCUCUGUGUCUGAAGUCCACCCCUCCAGACUACAGGACACCAUGCUGCCCAUGAGUCCUGAAGUGUAUGGAGAGCUGACCAGAAUUAUUAACCCUGCUGAGAUUGACAAUGUGAUGUGCACUCACUUCCCAAACUAAUCAGCCCUCUUCAGGUGGUGCCCAGGAAAACUUGUGUAAGCUACCGAGCCGAGUACUGAAGACACCCCACAAAAAGGAUGAAGUUUGCAAUAGAUUUGAAAACACAACCAAAACUGUACAUAUACAUGUAGUUCUACGUUAUCAUUUUAUGUACACGCAUGAGAUUUUGGGGCUUCGAGUCCAGCUGUUUGUAAUAAGGAAUGUCAUUCUAUGCUACUUGUAUGACAGGGUAAUAUUUUGUAUAUGCAUAUGUAAUGUGGAGAAAAAGAAAAUCAAAAAAGGAUGCAGAAAGCUGUUCUUCACUUUGUAAUAGAUCCCAUUUUGUAGUAACUUAUAAUAAGGUGAAAUGGUUAAGCUGUUCUGGGUCGUUCCACGAAAUGAGUGCCCUUUAAUAUUUUAGUCAAAUGUUGCACCAAUAUUGAAUUUAAAAAAACCUGUUAUAUUAAAUGAAGUGGCCUUUAAUAUAGACCACAUGGAGACUUCAAUAAAUCAGAUGUUUAAUAUGAAUAAAGGCUUGCUAAAGUUCCAACCCUGUGUCAAGAUUUUAACCCACUGAAUCCCAACAUUUCUCCAAGUUUCUCCAAGCCCUAGUUAUUUUGUUCCUUUGACAGUCAUUUCUGAAGAAUCGUUUUUUCAUGUGAAUAGUGAUUCAUUUGCGUCUGUCCCUCAUUUUAAUAAACAUAAACUGAACUCUAGUUUCAAUAUGGUGAAACUAUUCCUUUUGCAAUAUUGCUUUCAAAAGAAACAUUAAACAUCUAAUAGUCAAAUCACUGAGUAAACGCAGGUGCGCUGGGAUCUACUCUAUUUUUGUAAAUUUUCUGGUGAUUUGUGGUGGAAAACUUAGCAGGUCGAGCAUAACAUGUCAACCCUGUUAGCCAUAGAUAGGCUAGAAAUUAUUUAACAAUUAAAUUUUUGGGGUGAAGCUUGCAUACAAUUGCCACACCCUGUAGCACACAAGCUGCAAUUUCCCCUGUCACAAGGGGAUUCAUGGCUGAUUUAAGAAGAAAUCGUCAACCCUGGUACUUUAUUUGCCACUUAUAGUCUAUUUUUUUAUUUUUUUACCUCUUGAGAUGGGAAAACAUGUUUUAUGAAGUUGAACAUGUGCUCUUUAUGACAGAAUGUGAAAACUUUGUGCAAUCAAAUGUUUUCUUUGACCAAGUCACACAGAAUUUGUGGAACAACCCUUAUAUGCAAAGUUGACUGCCUGGACUUCAUUGUUUCAAUUGAGGAAAAAGAAGAGCUCUCUCACAUGCCUGAAAAGCUUUGCUUUAUUUAACCUUGUUUAUUAAAAUAUAUUUAUGUGUAUAUCCUGUGAUGUGUGCAAACCUGGUGGCCAACUACAAGAGACGUCUGACCUCUGUGACUGCCAACAAUGAUUUUGCCACCAA